CUCGUUCUCGUUGAAGUUGAACGUUGAAGUCGUUCUCGUUCGUGCUCGUGGUUGUUGUCGUCGCUCGUCGCAGUCGUAGUCGUAGUCAUCGUCGUCGUUGUCCUCGUCAGUGUCGUUGUCGUUGUCGGUUGUCGGCUCUUUUUAGCAGGAUAAUGUUUCAGUGAUUUCGAUUCGGUUUAGUUCAAAGGAUGACUUCUUGCGGUAAGGAAGUGUUUCGGGCUUGGCUCCUCCGUGAUUCUGAUUAUUAUUAUUGCUGUAGUUAUAGUAGCGAACGAGUUUGAUAUUUUUGUAUUAUAAAUAUUAUACUCUCUGACUUUCUAUAGGUGGUGAAUUUUAUUUUGUUUUUGUUAUUUAUUUUUGUUUAUUUGUUUUCACGUGAAAUAAACGCUACGCACUUGAAAUUUAAGCGUUUGGUGGUCAUUCAAAAAAUAAAAACAAAAUUCUCUCAUUCUGAUGUUGAUAGUCGGGAAAUGUGUGUGUUGUUUCUGUUUGAUGAAGAUUUUAACUGAAAUACCUUAAAAUCAAAGGACGAUUUUUGUCUUAAUGAUUGUGCGGUUGGUGCAUCUGAAUUUUUGUACUCUAACUCGAGUUUGUGAUUUAAAUUAAAUAAAAUUCAAAAACAAAGAAACAAAAUAAAAAUAUUAGAAUUUAUUUAAAUAAAAUGACUGCAAAACGCGAAAAGGAUUACGCUAAAAAUAAAUCAACCACUGGCUUAGGAGUCACACAACCCAGCGCAUUGCUGAAUUCAAAAACAAUUGGUUUAGUAACGUCUACACAGAAUGUUAGCUCUAGUCAAGAAGUAACAAAACGUACUAACAAACCACUAAUGGAGAAACGCCGUAGGGCACGUAUUAACCAAAGUUUGGCUAUUCUAAAGGCUCUUAUUCUUGAGUCAACAAAAGCUAAUGCAAAAAGUACCGAUGGACAAACAAAACAUACAAAAUUAGAAAAGGCUGAUAUUUUGGAAUUAACAGUUCGACAUUUUCAGCGACAUAGAAAUCUUGAUGAUCCUACCAUAAAUAAAUAUAGAGCAGGUUAUACGGAUUGUGCACGAGAAGUUGCGAGGUACCUUGCAACACCUGAACCACCACCUCUUCCUAAUCUGCCAUCAUUAUCGGAUCCCGGAUCAAAAGCUCGACUAUUGCGUCAUUUGGAUCAGUGUAUUGCUGAGAUUGAUGUAGAAAUAUGCCCACAUACAACAGCUUAUGCUGACAGCCCGUCAAGUAGCUGUUUUGAGAUAAAUUGCACAAAGAAACCACAAGAUGAAAACUCUCUCGACUACAGUAGUCAGGAUUCAAAUCCAUUGGAUUUUAGCAAGGCAACCAGGGUAAACAUAACUGCUCAUACGAUAUCUUCGACUUCAACUGAGCAUGUUAACAAUCAGGACGAAAAUAACAACCGUGGCCAGGAUAUGGAUAUAACCGACAACAACUUGGAUAAUCUCCGACUACCAAGGGCAACCUCUUCAGGGCUAAUUGAUGUUAAUUCUGGUCUAAGUCCAGGAGAUAUUCGAAAUAAGCCCUGUAAUCUUGAUGCAUACAAAAAUCUCAAAGUGAACGAUACAAGUAACGUGCUGGUGCUGCCACCACAUUAUAUGCAACUUGCUGCUGCUUUAGGCCUCAGUACUCAACCCAUCGUUGAUCCAAUUGCAACUCGAACCGACUUUGAACGGCUUAUUGAAUUAAACAGAAAUCAAUCGGCGUCGAUUGUCAGUGACAAAUUGGACAACUAUGACAAAUGUCCCAUGGAUCUACCCAGGGACGAGGUUAGCGCAACCUCUUCAAAUGCAGUUGCAAUGCUUCCAGCUACCUCCCUUAUGGCAUCUAGCUCACCCAGGCAUAGUCCCAUAAUUGAACAUCAUCUGGAACAGCAUCAACAGCAACACCAACAGCAACAACAGCAGCAGCAUCAGCUUCAGCAGCAGCACCAGCAGCAGCACCAGCAUCAGCAGCCCCUUCAAGUACACAUCGGACAAUCAACCUCAUUGGAAAUUGAUGUUGACAUUGAAAAACCCUCAGUGACCCCGCCUAUGAUGAUAUCGACGAAAUCAAUAAACGUCGAAGAUGGCGACAGUGAUAUAAACAUGGAGAAUUCAGAUCAAAAUCAAAAUAAUCAAAACUACCUUAAUCGACAGGAAGGAGGUGGUGCUGGUGGUGUUGGUGUUGGUGGUGGUGGUGGUGGUGGUCUUGCAAUGUUUGGUGGCGAAUCCAGGCAAAUGGACGAUAACAUGUGGCGUCCUUGGUAGACUUGACAUAUACAUGAAUAUUUUCAUGGGAACGUAAAAGUGUAAAAAUAAAAAGUAAACAAAAACAAA